AUGGAAGCUGGCCAUCCUCUCAUCGGGCACCAUGACUCUCAAUCCAACAGCUCAAUUGAACUCGAACUUGCCGACAGAUCACCAGACGUUGACCUGGAAGAUCUAGCUCGUCGUAACGGACCGUUCGAGGACGAUGAAAAGUAUCUGGCAGGAAUUAGGGCCCGCCAUUGCGUAUCGAACCGUAUGCGCCCGGUUUGGGAAAUAUGCCGUUUAUACCUUAUUGGACUUGUCGCUUUUCUCCUGAUCGUUGGCUUGGGGUUGCUGGUCACUUCUAACGACACCACCAACGAGGAUCACGAUAACCAUCAUCAUGAUCAUGAGCCCGAUAACCAUCCCGAGGGCCACGCACAAAACAGUACCCCCACGACAAUUUGGCCCCCAGCGGCGAAACUCUCCAACCAAGGUCUUCCAAUAGAAUGCGGCACUUCUAACGCUGAAGCCAAGGCCAGGGGUUGUAUCUUCGACGUGAUGAUCUACUGCUGGAUCCCACCCGCAUGCUACGAGUCCGAUCUAGCCGCCGAUGUACAAUCAGAAAGUUCCCGUUUCGCACCAUUCCACAUGGCGGGUGUCUUUAACUGGUAUGCGGAUGCAGAGGGCCAGAAGGCUGUUUCCCAAGACGCAGAUACUCUCAGUGAAAUGCCUGAGAUCUGGGCAACGCAUGACUGGCACCAGGCGCAUUGCCUGUAUUUCUGGCGGUUGUUAGCUCGAGCCGUGAACAGGAAUCAGCAGAAUAGACAGGAUGGCGCUUAUGUGCUCUCCCAGGCGAUUGUUUUUCCUCAUACCUUACAUUGCAAUGAUAUGUUGGCGGAUCAAAAGAAAGAUGGGAAUGAUUUGAUUCGGACCUUGAGGAUAUAUGGGACCUGUGCAAAGCUUGACGGAGAGCCAAAUCCAUAUCUGGAACAUGGUGGUUUCCCUGUGGAUCCGGAAUGA